AUGUCCGCUUUUCCAGCGCCUUCUUUUCAGCGUUCUCUUUUCCAGCGGCCGCUUUUCCAGCGCACUCUUUUCCAGCGCUUGUUUUUCCCCGUAGCCCUGUUUUCCAGCGUCUGCUUUUCCAGCGGCCGCUUUUUUAGCGCUUGUUUUUUUUUUUUUUUUUUUGUCGCUCUCUUUUCUAGCGCCCGCUUUUCCAGCGCACUCAUUUCCACCGCCCUCUUUUCGGUGUUCACUUUUCCAGCGCUCUCUUUUCCAGCGCACUUUUUUCCAGCGCACUUUUUUCCAACGCUUGUUUUUUUUUCUUGUCGCCCUUUUUUCCUGCGCUGUCUUUUCCACCGCCCACUUUUCAGCGUUCUUUUUUCCAGCGCUUGUUUUUUUUCCUGUCGCCCUCUUUUCCAGCGAUUGUUUUUCCCGUUGCCAUCUUUUCCACCGCCCACUAUUCAGCGUUCUUUUUUCCAGCGCCCGCUUUUCCAGCGGACACUUUUCCAGCGGACACUUUUCCAGCGCUUGUUUUUUUUCCUGUCGCCCUCUUUUCCAGCGAUUGUUUUUCCCGUUGCCAUCUUUUCCACCGCCCACUAUUCAGCGUUCUUUUUUCCAGCGCCCGCUUUUCCAGCGGACACUUUUCCAGCGCUUGUUUUUUUUCCCUGUCGCCCACUUUUCCACCGUCCGCUUUUCCGGCGCACUUUUUUCCACAACCAUCUUUUCCACUGUUUUUUUCCCAUUACCUUCUUGUCCAGCGCCCGCUUUUCCAGCGCCCUCCCUUCAGCGUUCUCUUUACCAGCGCCCGCUUUUCAAGAGAACUCUUUUCCAGCGCCCUCUUUUCAGCAUUCUCUUUUCAGCACCCGUUUUUCCAAUACCAUCUAUUAG